ACGCGACGUACCGUAGACACUUCCUCAUAACACAGCUCGGCUAUUCAUUACAUAAAAACGAACUAAAAUAUUUCUCCUUUUCGUGUAGUUUUGUCAUAUGGCUUCAACCAUGAUUCCUUACACUGUAAACAUUAAACUGGCCGCUCGGACACUGACCGGAACCCUUAAUUUACAGAACAAGACAGCAGUGGACUGGGGAUGGCAGGGUCUGAUUGCUCAGGGCUGUCACUCCAGUAUCCUCAUCAUUGACCCAAAGACAUCUCAGACCAUUCAAGUCCUGGAGAGACACAAAGCAAAUGUGGUCAAGGUGAAAUGGUCCAGAGAGAACUACCAUCACAGUCUCAGCUCACCUUACUCUCUGCGUCUGGCGUCUGCAGACGCGGCAGGGAAGAUCAUUGUGUGGGAUGUGGUGAGCGGUAUGGCCCACUGUGAGAUUCAGGAGCACUCCAAACCCAUUCAGGAUAUGGACUGGCUGUGGGCUCAGGACGCUUCACGAGAUCUUCUGCUGGCUGUACAUCCUCCCAACUACAUUGUUCUGUGGAACGGAGACACAGGCACCAAGCUGUGGAAGAAGAGCUAUGCUGAGAAUAUCCUGUCCUUCUCCUUUGACCCUUUUGAGGCCUCCAAUCUGGCAUUGCUGACCAGUGAAGGUAUAGUGUUCAUCACAGAUUUCUCUCACUCUAAACCGCCUGGCAGUGGAGGUAAAAAGGUUUACAUCGCCAGUCCUCAUUCAAGCCCUGCCCACAGCAAACCUGCUGCUGUCCAACCCACCGGUGCCAAGAAAGCCCUGAAUAAGGUCAAAGUGCUCAUCACCAAUGAGAAGCCCACGGCUGAAGCGGUGACUCUUAAUGACUGUCUCCAGCUCUCAUAUCUGCCGUCUAAGAGGAACCACAUGCUGCUGCUGUACCCCAGAGAAAUCCUCAUCCUAGACCUGGAGCUCAGCCAGACUGUUGGAGUGGUGGCCAUCGAGCGCUCCGGCGUGCCCUUUAUACAGGUAAUUCCCUGUGCUCAGAGAGAUGCUCUCUACUGCCUCCACGAGAACGGCUGCAUCACACUGCGUGUGUGUCGCUCCACAACACUUUCUCCUGAUGAAACAGUGACAGAUCCUGAACAGAGCACGCAGGAGCUGGUGUACGACCUCCGUUCACAGUGCGACGCCAUCCGCAUCACUAAGACGGUGCGGCCCUACCGUGUGGUGAUCUGCCCUGUUAAUGAGAACAGCGCUGCCUUAGUGGUCAGUGAUGGCAGAGUAAUGCUGUGGGAGCUCAAAGCCCAUGCCAGUAAAUCUUCAUCCAACCUGAGUUCUGGCCUGCCGCCUCUGUAUUCCCCUGUGAAUUUCUGUGGGACACCUUUAUGUCAGAACCAGAAAUGCAUCCCGGAUCUUUCUCUCAACACAAUGAUUGCUCACAGUCUUAUUUCUGGAGUGGACCCCCCACGACCCAUGGUUGGAGAACAGGAAGUGCAUCUGAAGUUCCUGUUGACAGGGUUACUGUCUGGCCUGCCUUUGCCCCCCUUCUCCCUCCGCAUGUGCCCACCGCUCACCACCAAGAACAUCAGCCACUAUCAACCCCUGCUGGCCGUGGGUACAAGCAAUGGCUCUGUGCUUGUGUACAACUUGACCAGCGGCCUGUUGCACAAAGAGUUGAGUGUUCACUCCUGUGAAGUCAGAGGGAUUGAAUGGGUUAGUUUGACCAGUUUUCUGUCCUUCGCCACCUCUAUCCCCAACAACCUUGGACUAGUGAGGAAUGAACUGCAGCAUGUGGAUUUACGCACAGGGCGGUGCUUUGCAUUUCGGGGUGAGCGCGGGAAUGAUGAACCAGCCAUUGAAAUGAUUAAAGUGUCACAUCUGAAGCAGUAUCUGGUGGUGGUGUUCAGAGACAAGCCUCUAGAACUCUGGGACGUCCGCACCGGAACCCUGCUGCGCGAGAUGGCCAAGAACUUCCCUACUGUCACUGCCCUGGAGUGGUCUCCCUCACAUAACCUUAAAAGUCUGAAGAAAAAGCAGCUUGCAGCACGAGAGGCCAUGGCCAGACAGACUACUCUCGCCGAUGCUGAGCAGAGCAGUGUUGAGUCUUCCGUUAUCAGUCUGCUGCAGGAUGCUGAGAGUAAGUCUGAUACGAGUCAGGGCAUCUCGGCUCGCGAGCACUUUGUGUUUACUGACACAGACGGUCAGGUCUAUCACAUCACUGUGGAAGGCAACAGUGUGAAAGACGGUGCACGAAUCCCUCCUGAUGGCAGUAUGGGGAGCAUUGCCUGUAUUGCAUGGAAAGGAGACACUCUUGUUCUGGGAGAUGUAGAUGGAAACCUCAAUUUUUGGGACCUGAAGGCCCGUCUGUCAAGGGGUGUGCCUACACAUCGUGGAUGGGUGAAGAAGAUCCGUUUCGCUCCAGGGAAAGGCAACCAAAAACUCCUGGUCAUGUACACAGAUGGAGCCGAAGUCUGGGAUACCAAAGAGGUGCAAAUGGUGAGCAGCAUCAGAGUGGGGCGUAACGUGAGUUACAGGAUUCUGGAUAUCGACUGGUGCACGUCAGAUAAAGUGGUGCUGGCAUCAGAUGAUGGCUGUGUGAGAGUUCUGGAGAUGGCCAUGAAGUCUGCCAGUUACAGAAUGGAUGAGCAGGACCUGACAGAUCCAGUGUGGUGUCCAUAUCUUCUGCUGCCACGUGCUGCUCUCACACUGAAGGCUUUUCUGCUGCUGCAGCCCUGGUCUGAUACAUUCACCAUGGACAUCACACAUGUAGACUAUGUGGAGAAGGAUGAAAUAAAGGGACUGAUCCAGGAACAACUCAACUCUCUUUCAAAUGACAUCAAAAGUGUUCUCCUGGAUCCAAAUCUGAACUUGCUGCAACGCUGCCUCCUUGUGUCAAGGCUGUUUGGUGAUGAAUCAGACCUUCAGUUCUGGACGGUGACGGCUCAUUACAUCCAAUCUUUUGCCAAAAGCCAGCAGCCCAGUGGAUCGGCCCCAGAGGGUGCGGCACCAGCUGAGGGCCCCCAGAGCACCCUUGUCAGCCACCUGGACAUCUGCCACGACACCCUGUGUGAAAGCUCUUUCUUCCAGAGGUUUCAGUUGGAGCGGGUUCGUCUUCAGGAAGUGAAGAGGUCCAGCUAUGAACACACCAAGAAGUGUGCUGACCAGCUCCUGCUACUGGGUCAGACGGACCGGGCGGUGCAAUUGCUCUUGGAGACCAGUGCAGAUAACUCCAGCUACUACUGUGACUCACUCAAAGCCUGUCUGGUGACCACCAUCACCUCUUCUGGCCCCUCUCAGAGCACCAUUAAGCUGGUGGCCACAAACAUGAUUGCCAAUGGCAAGCUGGCAGAGGGUGUGCAGUUGCUCUGCCUGAUUGACAAAGCAGCGGAUGCGUGUCGUUAUCUGCAGACGUAUGGAGAGUGGAACCGGGCUGCCUGGCUGGCCAAGGUGCGUCUGAACCCAGCAGAUAGUUCAGAUGUUCUGAAGCGCUGGGCAGAGCAUCUGUGUUCUCCUCAGGUCAAUCAGAAGUCAAAGGCAAUCCUGGUCCUGCUCUCGCUAGGGUGCUUCCAGAAAGUUGGCGAGAUGCUGCACAGAUAUGUCUUCAAAUUUCCCCACAGCAUGAGAUAUUUCGACCGUGCUGCACUCUUUAUUGAAGCCUGUUUGAAAUAUGGUGUGAUGGAAACCAAUGAUGACGUUAAUAAGCUCAUAGGUGCUGCCUUCUCCGACUACGCCAAGUUGCUCCGCUCCAUUGGGCUGAAGCAGGGUGCUGUGCAGUGGGCCUCCCGGGCGGGAGAGGCAGGACAGAAGCUGCUGGAUGAGCUGUCCCAGACAGAGGGCGCGGGGCCAGAGCUCAGCCCCCGAGAUGAAGAGGCAGAAGACACUCUAGUGACUAUAGAAUGACUUGCUUCAAAUGGAAUGUUGGGAGAAGAGGGUACGCUUGCUAAAGAACAGUUAUAAAACAAGAACUGUCACAGCAUGUCUUCACUGCAAACGAGCGGAGCGGUGCAAUGUCAGUUAUAAUGGGAGUGUGAUCUUUUCUUCUUUUUUUUUUUGUGCUGUAAUGUCGCACCGCUCGACUGCAGUGUAUGCACGUUGUCGGUUUUAUGCAUGUAUGCAGACAGAUGACAAACAUGUCUUUUGUCAUAGCUUCUAAUUGUUUCUUUGUUGUAUUUUCUAAUUGUUUGCUGGUUGUGAGGUGUUCUGUGUUGCUGUGUGUCGUUUUAUUCAUGCCAAGAAGACAUUCCUCUAACACCUACCAUCAUACUGUAAUGCAUUCCAAACCUGUUUUUGCACUUUUAUUGUCAACCAAAAACUUUUUCCUUGUGACAUAAAAAUUAUAUAAUGCAAUA